AUGGAUCAUAAAUCUAAAUUGAUUGUGAUGCUUAUUCUCGAAAUUCCAUCAAUUGUUUUAUCUAUUUUAAUUUUUAUUUACUUCGGUAUGCAUCGUGAAGCUCGUUCAGAAUUAAGAAAUCAUGGAUGGCUUAUUUUACUUAUCGUCAAUUUCUUUCAAUUGAUUAUUAAUUUACCAAUGCCAUUAAGUUAUUAUUAUUUGAACAAGAUUUCGCCCGCAACAAAUGCAUACUGUGUAUGGUGGACAUGGUGUGAAUUUUCAUUUAAUAGUAUUGGAUUAUUUUUAAUGGCAUGGAUAUCAAUUGAACGACAUAUUAUUGUUUUUCAUGCUCAUACAAUGUUAGAGAAACAAUGGAAAAAAUGGAUAUUUCAUUUCAUACCUUUGAUUUUCUGUUUAAUAUGGCCACCAUUAUUUUAUUUUGUAUUAGUUGUUAUUAGUCCAUUUUGUACAACUGAAUGGGAUUUUAAUACUGUUCUUUGCGGUUUUCCAUGUUAUUUUACAAAUGUAUCUCUAAGUCAAUUUGACUUUAAUUUUAAUCUUGUAAUUCCUAUUAUAAUUAUUAUGCUUGCAAAUGUAACAUUAGUUAUUCGAGUAAUCUAUCAAAAGAUGUCUCGACAACAAAUGAUCAAUUGGCGACAUCAUCGUAAAAUGGUAUUACAACUUUGGAUUAUUUCAUCACUUUAUAUUGGAUUUUGGUUACCUGAUAUAAUAACAGUACUCGUUCAAAUUACUAUAUUACCUUCAUUUAUGGAUCAACAACUGGAAACAAUGGAAUUUGCUGUCUAUUUUAUUCCACUUCUAUUACCAAUGGUAUGUCUUACUGCACUACCAGAAUUAAUGAAAAAACUAAAGAAUAUUAUUACAAGACCACAAUUGAAUGUCAUUGAUGUCGUUCAUUACAAUCGAAGAUCAAAACAAAUGAUAACUGUUGUUGCUGCUCGAUGA